AUGAAGGAUGCUUGGGAGUUUUCUGACAGUUCUAAGUUAGGUAACGCAUCAGGACUUAUAGGAACGGGUUUAGCUUUCAAGAGUGUUGAAGCACAAAAGAAGUGUAAACCUACAUUUAUUUUCACUGACAAAAAUUUUAGUACAGUAUCACCAAGUGUCGCAUCUGACCUUGUCUAUUUAAUAAGAGUGAUACCUAGAACAAAGGUACCGGAACAUGCAGAACCAAUACAAGAAAUAAGGAAAUAA